AUGCAUGAAAAAUUUAGGAAAAGGAAUAUUGACGCCAAGAUUACACACACACUAGGCUGGGCCAAGCGCUGGUUCCAACUGUCUCCCUCAGGCGUGCUUUCAUACUCAACAUCCCCCAACAGUGUGACGCGUGGAUCCAUCCAGAUCAUGCUUGCCACGAUCUCGUCGAACCCGGAUCAGCGACUUAUCCAUAUUGACUCUGGAACUAUGCUGUACCACCUCAAGACAUUAACUUCGGAAGAUCACGACAAGUGGACCGCGGCCUUCCGUGCAUAUCGUUCGGGCGGUUCCAUUGAAAUCCAAGAUGAUCUACCCACGGCUGCUGGCAUGUUAGAUGACCCAGUAAACCAGCAAGACACGAUCGAAAAGGGCGUCAAGAGUGCUGCCGCCCUGAGGAACAGCGCAAUUCGUCUGGGCGACAAUAUUGAUGUGCUUCGUGCCUUGCUGGAUCAGCUGUCGCAUGUGCCUGGCACAAAGGACUUGUCGCAAAAAAUCGUCGCAUUGAGCCAGCAGCUGGAACGAGACCAGAAGUCAAUCCAGUCGAACGCUGAAGAACAACAAAAGCACUGGACAUCCUUCCGCAACGGUAUCGCUUCCUCGGGCCAGCAUAAUGACGACUUGGAUGACUUUGAGCCUACGAACUACGACAGUGUUCAUCCUAGCAUGAGCGCCAGAUCAUCCGUCUCAGAGCAAUUUUUUGACGCCGAGGAUAUUAUCUUGAGUGGAGGUGAUGACAAUGAUUCCUUUGGCGGCGGUGAAGAAGCUGAAGACACUACCAACGAAGAUAGCAGUGACGACGAUGAUGUCAAUGGCCAUGAUACAGAAGGUUCUUUGGAGUUGAGCAUUGCCGGUGACUGUGUUCGUCGCAAUCGACUUCCAUCGCACGCUGUUGGUGAUGUUGGAUCUGCACUUUCCGUGUUUAGGAAGAACGUCGGCAAGGAUUUGUCCACUAUUGCUAUGCCCAUCAGCAUGAACGAGCCGCUUAAUAUGCUGCAACGAGCAUGCGAGGAUUUGGAGUACAGUGAAGUCUUAAACAAGGCAGCGACGUUGUCCGACUCGAUGGAACGUCUUAUGCAUGUCGCUAUCUUUGCCGUGUCGAGCUUCGCUUCUUCGCAAUAUCGUACUGGCAGAAAGCCGUUUAACCCAAUGAUGAAUGAAACUUAUGAGAACAUACGACCGGAUAAAGGCUUCCGUUUCGUAGCCGAGAAAGUCUCACACAACCCGUUAAUUAUCGCUGCUCAUGCCGAAGCAAAGGCCUACAAAUACUGGCAAUGUACCAAAAUUAAGAGUAAAUUCUGGGGCAAGUCUAUGGAAUUCAUGACUGAAGGUGUGUUCCAUGUCACGUUGACGGGCCACGAUGACCACUUUACGUAUAAUAAGCCAUCCAGCUGGAUGCGGAACAUGAUUGCUGGUGAAAAGUAUCUGGAGACAGCUGGUGAAAUGCAAAUAACAAACCAUACAACUGGCGAAUAUGCUACUGUGGCAUUCAAGGAAGGUACUGGCGGUGGUCUGUUUGGCGCGCCUUCGAACCGAAAUGAUGUGGUCGCGACGUUCUAUGAUGCCAAAGGCAAAAAGUGUAGACGUAUUGUGGGCAAGUGGAGCGACAAGCUGGCCGAGGAAGUCGACAUGAACAAGCGCAAACUUUCAGUGCUGUGGACUGCAAACCCACCUGGAAUUGAAGAUUACACCAAAUACUAUGGAUUCACCCGGUUCUGUGUCGAAUUAAAUGAAAUUACGGAUAUCGAACGUAAUAAGCUGCCUAUCACUGAUACUCGAUAUCGACCUGAUCAGCGCUUAUAUGAAAAUGGAUUGGCUGAUGAGGCAGACACAGAGAAGCAACGGAUAGAGCAAAGGCAGCGUGAACGCCGAAAAGAGUUUGCUGACAAAGGGAUUGCAUGGAACCCACGCUGGUUUACUAUUCAGCCUGAUCAUUAUGCAGACCCUCUUUUUAUUCCACCUAGUGAAGGUCAACCCACCUCAGGUGAAGGCCAGUCUUUCCAAUAUACCGGACAGUAUUGGCAAGCUCGUGAAUCAGGCCAAUGGCCUAGUGAUAUGUUCGAAUUGUGGUAA